AAGUUAUCGAGAACGGAGCGGCUCAGCCGAGUUAGAAACUGAUGCUAAGGCCCAUGACAGGAAAAACGUCAAGAAAAAGGGGAAAGGUCACGAAGUGAAGGGAAGAAAGAGCAGCAAUGGAGGACAGGCAUGCUCAUAAUAGUCCUUUUGGAUGGGAUCUGACCGCCGCUGCUAGGUGGAACCGGCUCGAUAUGAGGCUGGUCCCGAAGGAUACAAGAAGAUAAGGAACACCGGAUCGCUGCCCCAUUUCAAUGACUGGUGCACAAUUAUUGUGGAUGACAUGGGCAAAAAAAUCUACAUGUAUGGCGGGAGCCGUCCCAAUGACAAAAAAUACAUCCCUACGAACGAUUUCCAUGUUCUGGAUGUCGACACUAUGCAGUGGAAGAAGCUCACAUCCAUAAUGCAGCCAAAAUUCUGGUCUAAUGCUCAUCAACCAUUCGAACCAAUAGGGAAACUGGAACCCUUGCCGUCGUUGUUCAAACCAGCAUGCUCCUUCUUUCAUUUCAAAGAGACAAAUUAUAUCUUCAUGUUUGGUGGCUUUGAUGUCGACGAUGAGGCCGUGUCUUCUCGUCUCAUAGCUAUUGAUCUUGAUGAUCCGCAAUGGUGGUACGUCGAAAUUGAGGGAGGCAACGUUUGUGGGCGGAUGAACGCGUCUAUGAUUGGGAUAGACAACAAGCUGUUCAUCUUUGGUGGGCGGGCCUCGUACGACAAGAAUUCUCUCGGUAUAGCAUCUUACUCUAUCGCAGAAUACACAGACUAUCGAUGGAAGUGGAUGUCGGGAAGGCGGGAUCGGGCUUACGAUGCCCAUGUUCCGCCGUUAGGGUUUGGUGGACGGGCUCUCUCUGUGCAUGGGGGAAAGAAGAUUUUGUUGACACCUGGGCGCCUGACUAACAAGGCACCUGUGAACAUGCAGGAAUCAAACUCGAUCUUCUUCCACACCACUAACUUCACAUUUCGUGCAGCUGCGGACACGAUCGGCACCUUCCCUGGAAACUUGCGCUGGUAUGGGUCGUACUCGAGUGAAGGUUCUCAACCUUCCGUUCCAACUUUGCCAACGACCUCACCGUUGCUCCGAAAACGGAAACGAUUGUCUUCCCCGCCGCGAGAACACGUAGUCUAUCCGGCGCAUGUCAUGAUUGCCGGGUGGGUGGACUAUGGAAAAGAAGAUCAUAUCAUGCCAGAGCUGUGGCAGUACUUCCUUCCACCGGAAGAGAAAAUUCAGUGUUUCAAUGUCCGCUCAACGAUCUGGUCCAUGGAUCUGAAUCUGCAUUCCUUCGCUGCAGUCGGUAAUCGAAUGAUCUUUUUUGGUUAUGAAGCAGAAAGUGAAGGCGAUAGGGUUCCGGAUGAUGCAACAUAUAACAUUUGCGUCGAGAUAGAUUUGGGAGUAGUUUCCAAGAAUGCGGUUUGUGAUUUCCCCGUUGUAUGCGAUGAUUAUGAUUCGUGGCUCAUAUUCAAUUUGACUUUAUGCAGACGGAAGUCAAGAUUGAAGAAGAGAACCUCGGCGUUGGGCAAUAGAGUCGUGGAUGACAUACUCCCCGCACGUUAGGGAUGUCCAGGAUAGGGCUUUGAGACGAAUAAGUCUGUGAAGGUGCAUGGUCGCCCUACGACAUAAGAAACAAGUAAACUGUAGUCCAGAAACUUCUUUUCCCUUUGCAUGGCGUAGCGAGGGGAGGAAAUUUCCCAGGAUUGCGGUAUCGAAACGCUUCGCAUUUUCUUCAGGUAUCAAAGGCAGAUGUCAAUUAUCAUUUUUUUGCCAUUGCGCCUUCUGUGUACAUACUCGACUGACGUCUUGUUUUGGUGUCUUGACCGUUUAGAGUUUGAUGAAAAUAAGCUCCUUUUGAAUCGCUACCAAUAGUAAGGCCCACCAUCUCAGGUAGACGGAAG